AUGCUCGACUUGGUAUUACCAGCUGGGAUCGUAAUUGUUCUGUUUUACUUUAUAUACAAUGGAUUGAGGCAUACCAUCAAACCAAAAAUCAAAUCGAAACAAGUGGAAACGGAAGAGAAGCCAGAUGAUGUAUGCAACUUAGUACCAAGUCCAAUUGGGCUGACUCCUGAAAAGCUGCCAUUUUAUAAUGACAGGCCCUGGAGACCGUUUCGAUGGCCAUACCAUCAAACAAUGAGUAUUCGCAAGCUCGAUAUCAACCAUUGGCUCGAUAUGGAUAAAUGGUAUGUAAGGUAUAUUAAAGAGCGCAAGGAUAUUCUCAGUAAAUAUAAAGAAAAAGUGUUUGGAUAUCUGCCAGAAAGUGAAGCGGCCAGUAGAGAGUUGCUCGAGACAGUAGUGGCUCAUAUGCUGGCACGGUAUCCUAAGCUGUUCAAACUAGACACAGAAAACCCAAAUCGGUUUCAUAAUCUUAUCACAGGUGAGGUGUUGGAUCUUAAAGAUGAAAAGCUUCAUCCACUAGAGGUUGCGGGGAGAAUUGCUAAAGAGGAUUUCUACAUCGUGCAAAGACGGCCAGAUGGACGACACUACCUCACAGCCAUGCUAGUCGCAUUCCCAGGAGGUUUCUUUGCAAAUGAGGAGAACAUUGGCAAGCACCUAGAUCAAAUCCAUACCUCAGUUCCCUACUACCAAACUAAGUUACAACCGUCUAUGGAGCGUUUCUUUGGCAAGCUCAAAGUUAAUGAACCAGUGGAACGAGCUUCAUUCAUUAUAGCUUAUGACAAGGGUCUAUAUACCACGAAAAUGCACGAACAUGAUCCCGGAAAUCGAUACAGUCAUCAAUCGUUUGAUCAUGUUCCGCAUAGUAAAUUUGGCGUGAGAGUAGAACGUCAAGCACUUCGCAGACUGCCAAAGACACAGGCUAUCAUCUUCACAAACCACCCGAUAUUUUACACUUUCGAGGAAAUGAAGGACGAGCCAAUGAUCCCCUCGAUUCUUCGCAAUAUUAUCAAAGACGGUCCCGAAAAGAUCCUUCCAUAUAAGCUAUACAACGUACUGGAGCCGUAUCUCGGUCCAUAUUUGGAGAGUCUCAUUCAAAGACAAAUUGACAUGGGAAUUAUAAAGGAAUCAGAUCCCGUACGAACGAUUCCUACGUAUCCCUUUGCCCAUUGGAUAGAUACUGGCCCCACCGAAUAUGGCUGGACAAGCCCGCACCAACCAGAUACUGCGGAACCAACAGCCCUCUGA